AUGAGGCAGUACUUGUUUUUCUUUUCCAUCCCACCUCUUGUGGUUAGCCAUGGCUUUGUCCAGAAUGCAACAAUCGGAGGGAAGGAGUAUGAUUUCUAUCACCCUUAUCAGGAUCCCUACAUGAACCCUGCUGUCGGUCUGUCUUGGAAGCUGAGUAAACAACAUACUAAUAAUGAACAGCCACCCCGCAUCUCUCGCGAAAUUCAAGGCAACUUCCCUAUUGAUAACGUGAAGCUCGUGGACCUUGAAUGUGGUGGCAAUACAACUGGCGGAAUCAUCGGGUCCCGCCCCGCUCCUUUGCACGCUCAGGCGGCAGCUGGGUCGACUGUUAAUUUGCGUUGGACAGCGUGGCCAGAGAGUCAUCAGGGUCCAGUGAUAACGUACAUGGCGAGAUGUCCUGACACUGGCUGCAACGACUACAUCCCCUCCUCUUCUUUGGCCCCAACUUGGUUCAAGAUCGCCGAGGAUGGAUUGCAUUCCACCGACCCAGAUUGGCUUAAGAACCAAUGGGGUAUGACAUCGCUCAUCAACGCACCAAAUGCCGGCGUGAACUACACGAUUCCAGCAUGUCUGAGGCCAGGCUUUUACCUUGUGCGUCACGAAAUUAUUGCGCUACACAGCGCGUAUAACGAGGGGGGAGCCCAGUUCUAUCCAGGAUGCCACCAGCUAGAGGUAACUGGCGAUGGUUCGACAGUGCCGAUGGCGGGCUUGGUGAGCUUCCCAGGCGCAUAUGAUAGUAGAGAUGCUGGACUUGUAUACAGCAUCUACAACCAACUACCGUACGAUAUUCCAGGGCCUAAAGUGUUCCAGUGCGUAACAUAG